AUGAAGAGACGGGACUCUGCUGAUCCACACAUUGAAUGCGUCGUAGUCGGAGAUAGCAAAGUUGGAAAAUCCUACCUUUUGUCAAGGUUAGCCAAUCGGCCCCUGAAAGGAACCUACCGGCCCACCAUGUUCGACAUGGUUCCUGUUCAAGUUAACAGGGCUGGUGACACCGUUAUCGUCGAUUUCUGGGAUACUCCCGGUAAAGUAAUGCUGAUAAUUUUCUCAGUUUCUCAGUGCAUCCCGCCCGUCCUGUUUUUUUUUAAUUUAAAUUCGCAUGCAACAGUAUCCAAGAGUUCAUACAUGGCUGACAUGCAUUCUACCAUACUGUGCCCGUCAAAUAUCUUGUUCUUACAGAAGACAAUCAUUAAUGAGCUAUCAUAGGAGCCCGAAGAGUAAGCACAUAUAAGUUUCUUUACGUUUGUCGCCAAUCGGUCAUGUUCCAACUCUAGUCCAGUUUACAUUACGCUGAAGACUCUGUCAUUCGAGUCGUAUACUCAGACACUCCUUAUGAGGACACGCGUCUAUCUCUUCUACUGACCUUGGGCCGUAUUCAAUAGCGUGAAGUAGUGUAAGCUGUUGAAGGCCAUAUUUGGCAUUGAGUUAUGUCUCUGAGUUCGAAAACUUAGCUUUUGAAGAAAGGGUAACGCCAUAGCAUGUCGUCCUUUGGGCGGCUAUACUUCUGCCUCACUGAAUAAACAAUUUUAGAGAACUUUUAAAGGGAAAACCUGGGGAUAUUUUUAAAAUUUCAGUGUAAACAUUCCUCAAUCGCUACAGAAAAAUCUUUUGCGUAAGAACUGCACUUUUAACUCUAGUGUCUACAAGCAGCAGGCUAGGUUUUUAAUAUCUUUCCACUGGGUCUGUGGCGACAACGUCCCUAUGCUUCUAGAUUCCCCCAUAUUUUUAUCUGGUAAAUUGAGCCGGCAACGACAUCCGUUCGGAGGAGUGCUAUUCAACUCUUUUAAAGCCUUUAGUACGCCAAAAACUUCCAUGCAGAAGUCAUGAAGAGGUUGGGGUAGAAAUUACCCGGUGGUCGAAAUCGGACGGUCUUAUAUCCAAUUUAUCUGAAAACAAAGAGAGGAAUGGCCAAUGAUGUCAGGGUAGAUAGUCAUUUUGAUAAGCUGCGGUCUAUUAAAGCUGCUGUGACGUCUCAUGUUGGCAUAAAUGUUGUGGCUACUGAUGGUGGUGUUGGGAAUGAUUACGUUCGAAUAUAUAAAUUUUUCUGACUAGGCCGAUAAAAACUGGCGGACGACGCAAAAUUUCCUCCCCUGUUGCUGUUUACAUUGCUUCAGAUAUUUUGGCCUAGACUAGGGCCAAAAAUGGUCGAUUUUCGUUGAUAUCCUUAAAUUCCUGCGUGAGACUUUGCAUCCGGCCCCGAUUAUCACAGCAUUCAGUUAAUCAUCUUUUGAUCUCGAAGUAUCCUCCGCAAGGACAGGGAUGCUAGAAGACUUAAAAGUUGUGGGCGCACCCAGAUUGUCAGUGAGCGUAUUAUUGCGUCAUCUGGAUCAGUUGAAUCGCGCAUUCUGCAUUGCAGUCAGGACUCGUCGAGGCAAUCCAAAAACCACUUUCAGUGGGAAAGCAGGGCCGGAUAAGAGCGUUUUACCCUGUUCUGCAGCUCAUGUCCAUAACCCAUAGAGGCUAAUGCCUAUCGACGAAAGAUUGUCAAAACGUACCUAAGAAGGAGAAAUGAAAGGCGUAAUCCACCAGCCGUGGAGCUUCUAGAGCGCCGGGCCCAAUUGACAUCUGAAUCUGAAAUCAGAGCUCAGAUCUUUCCGCCUUGAACUCAGUUGAUUGUUGGUGCCCAUCUAAUCCAAAUAUGCAUUGCAGCUACGAAGAUAGCUAACCUGAACUUUUUAAAAGAAGUAAGUACAGUCCUGCUCACUCGUCUGUGUGGUAGUACAGAAUUUUUAAUUGUCAGAGGACCGUCUUGGUGGUCAUUAGGCAAAAGCAAAAAUGACAGCUUAUAUUCUAAACGUCUGUCAGGUCAGGUCGGAAACCAGCUCAUUUAUGAUAAUAUCAGUAAGUAGAGUGGCAUUGCCGACAAAGAUGAGGGAGAGGAAAAUUGCAAUUUCUGGCUUACCGGCCAUCGAAAGGCAGUUAUGCCCAACUCUGAAGUGUGAAAUAUCUGGGGCUCGAUCCCACGACCCGUUGGUUAGAAGCACAACGCCUCUACCCACUAAGCUACGGGCUCAUGUCCUGUCGGUUGCAAUCGGGUAUGUACAGUGUCAGAAGAGGCAAUCACAGAUCGUUUUUAAGGAACUUACUAGUCCAGUUGUGCCUUACGGACUCUCUCUCGAGCCCAACCAACAGCCCUACAACGGCGCAUGGCAUAGGCAAAAUAUUAUUACCGACAAAGACAUGGGAGACUGAAGUGACCAUUUCUAGCAUAUUAACCGUCAUGAAUCGGUCAGACCCAAUUCCAAACCUAGGGCUCGAUACCGCGACCCGUUAAUUAGAAUUCAAGCGUUUAUAACCAUUGGGCCACGGGCUCGAGAUAUGGAGUCUAAAUGCACAACGGGACAAGGGAGUUCCGUAACGCGAUCGGUGAGCGCCCCCUACCAUCGUAAUCUACAGGACAACGAGCCUUUGGCCCAGUAGUUUGAGGCGUUAUACUUCUAACCAAGAGGUCGCGGAAUCGGAAAUCAGGUGUUCCACACAUCGCGUUGGGUAUAACUGGCUGAUGACGGCUGAUAAGCCAGAAAUGGUCAUUACAGUCUCCUUCGUCUUUGUCGAUGACAACAUUCCGCCUAUACCACGUGCCGUUCUGGCUGCUGUCGGGGGUCGAGAGAGUCCCAAGGCACAACACGAAGAGUAAGUUCCGUAGCGAGAUCUGCGGCGCUCCCUUUACCAUAUCAGUAAGCGCCGAUCAGAUCCACUGGUUUACAUCCUGAUUUAUGUCGGCAGGCGCAAUAAAAUUAGUUUUUGCCUUCCUCAACAUUAGUACGCUCAAUACUAACGUUACUGGGCACAUUUUACGUGUGUCAAAAUUCAAAGAACCCCUUCUAUCGAACACGCGUUUUCACCACACAAAAUUAUUCGGGGUCAAACUUUUCUCAUCUGAGAAAUGCAUGAUUGAUUAAGUCUGGGCGUAUUAGCUUUUUUUCAGACUGAACCCUCUAAAAGACUAAUCUUUUUCACUCUGAUGUGAUCAGUCCAAUUUAUCUGGUACGUAAUAUUUGAAUGAAUAUUCCGAGCCUCGGGAUGCACAGUUUGGAGUGGACAAGCCAUUGUUUCGCAACUUUGUUUAUUUUGCGUUUACGCAGUGGUGAUGCGAAAGGAAAUUUAAAGUGUUUGUCCUACUUGGGGCUCGUCCAAGUCUUGUCUCAAAAUCUGCCACGUUUUUUGUCGUCCCAGUGGCUAUCUAGAUCACUUCACCAAACGCUUCUCUUAUCUCGGCAUGCUGGUAUUCGUUAUUUCAAGUACACUAGCAGUCUACAGGCUAUUGGGUAUCCUCCAUUCUGAAAGGUUCCUCAGAUGGAUACUUUUUGAAGUAUUCGUGAUUGUAAACAGAGACCUUGGUGGCAUUACAGAGUGUAGUUUUAAAUUAAGCCAUAGGGCACGAGUAAAAGAACAGACUACCAAGUUUGUAGCAUUUGGUUGAGGGGUUCUCAUCGAUGGUUUGUAUGUAAAUCACUCGUUCUCCCUCUCUCUCGAACGAGACAAACAGCCCACAGCGGCGCAUAAUAUUGGAGGAUUGUUAUUACGGAAAAGACAAGGGAGACUGAAACGAUCAUUUCUGGCUUCCAAGCCGUUGUCCGCCAGUCACAUCCAACCCCGAGGUGUGGAAUACCUGGGACCGCGGUGCCUUAGCGCUUGAAAAUAACCAUUACCCAGUUGGUCGCAGUUGAAUCAGCCGGAGAAAACAAAGCGGCUAAGUACCAUUAUCUCUUCGUAACCGCUUUUAUUGGGGCAGCAUUUAGUAAACAUCGUGCAGAAAAUCUCAUGAACUGACUUUGUGAUGAAUGCUUAUGAGAGUUCCCUCUUAAGGCACCGGAUAAUCGCAGUGAAUGCGAAACACGAUGCAGGGAAAAUGAAGAAAAGAAAUGCAGUCAUGCUAUUUCGACAUUUCCACACUGGACAGCAUUGAGGUAUAUCAGACGGAGGCAGUAAAUACGAGGGACGACUACAUGUGUCCGCAGUGUCGGCAUCCUGGUUAAAAGUAUCCGUUUUUAAAGUAGAAUUUUUGCGUUAGGGUAGGAUACAGGAGUCAACUACAGCCGUAAGGCCUGGGGAUUUAAGUGUGAAAGACUACAGCACUAGCUAUGUUCGAGCAGUUACAGGCCGCUCAAACAGACGGGCGAUUUCCAAAGGGAAUCUUCCCGGCGAGGAAAGCUGUUAUCUGGAUUUGUACGCAUAUGUUCACACCCGCCAUUUUCCAUUUCGAUAGGAUUCACUUAUGUGGUCUGCAACUGUGCCUCGAUACAAGCACUCUUGGUGAUGCUCACAGGUUUCAGAGGUUGGCGAAAUAACUCAGAGUACGAGACUGAUUAAGAACUGUCGCUAGCUAUUAAAGAUUGUGCGCGCGUGGAUACGUAAUUUGUUGCUAAGUGACUAUUACCACCGAUUUUCACCCAAGGACUUCCAAAAUGCUCACUCUUUCGAGUUGGCCCACGGAGUUAAACACUGAGUCAGCAUGAAAGCCCAUGCAACACUGUGUUACCCCUCCCCCUCAACGACGUUUCCGAAGAAUGAUACAUAACUUGUAUGGGAUCACAGAAACGGAAGCCGUUUAGCUUAAUCUCGAAGCUGGUCAUGGGUUCUGAAAUGCGAACUUCGAUCCGCAAACUUCCGAGUCACCGCACCCAAUACACUCUGCAGAAUCAUAUUUACGUACAUAGUGAUUACUUCUCCAUUGUUCCAUAAUGCAUCCGGGAAAUAUCUUAAAUUAGCAAAAAACUGCUGAUGGUAAUCCAUCUUUGAUUGUUUUCAUAUAUACAGACGGGUUUUUUGAGCAUAGGCAUUUUUUAGGGAUUUACACUAGUUGGUUUUUAAAAUCUCGAGUGAUUAGUAAGUUAUGCGCCCAUACUUCUGUGUCCGCCAUUGCGAAAGUUUUUGCCUGUUUCUAGAUAGAUUAACUUAUCUGAACGAGACUUAAAUGCCGACUAUCAUGGAAUGCACACCGAAAUAAGCCUUGCGCCCUUCAUAAGAAUCCGCUCAAUUCACUAACGCAAUCAUACGCCGUAAGCUAGUGCUUUUUUUUCAAACGUUGGCUCUUACUGCUGAUCGGUAUCAAUUAUUUUUAGAUUUCACUCAGCAAAAAAGUAGAUGCGUUUUAAUGCACUGAAAGUCUAAUAGACACGUGCUUUAUAGAUUUUCUCGUUGCAUCUUGACACAACACGUUGGGCCUAUUCAUACCAUCAUAUCGCCUAGGUAAAUAUCUUAAUGUGAAAACAUAAUUGGAGGGUUUAUUGAGUGUUCCAUGCAAUUCGACGUUCAAACGGGGCUUGACAUCUUAAAGGUGCUGGAGUACUUGCUACCUGGAUGCAGACUGUGUGUCAGCACCUGAUUAUAAUCACAGAGCGUCAAGGUUGUUGCGCUGCGUUUGUUGGAGAGCACACAGUCAUGACUGGAGCGUGCACUGGAGUUAUUUUUGGCAUGACCUUAAACGCUAAACGGUCUUGCUGGAUUGUUGGAAGAAACAGAGAAUAUUCGUGGUCCGCGAAUAUGCCAAUACACAUAUGCCAGACCCAGGCCUUUGAGACGGAAGUCGGGAUGUAAUCAUCUCCUUGACUAUGUGGACAUCCGUUUUUUAUCUCAAUGUAGCCCUUGCUCAAUCUGACACUUAUUUGCAGUUAACGUUCUACCUUGAUCUGUUUCUUUUGCUUAGAGAAAUGUAAUGUGGUAUGUUACACAAAGGUUUGAAGACUCGGCAGCUAUUGUGGAGUGCCCUAACACCCUCAUGAAGGAAGAAGGAGAGUAGAGCACCGGAACACUGUCUUUAUUGUCCUGAGCUUUCAGACACGCACAGGAGUCUAUCGUCAGAGGUAGCAGCACCAGAACAAUUAGCAAAGUGUUCCGGUGCUCGACUCUUUUUCUUUACUUAAGCAUACAGCUGGAACUCGAAAUUUCACCCUCGUGAUUAUUCCGGGGACGUUACGAACACAUAUCAAGUCCCAAGUCACUCCCUCAAGACACCAUAUGGGCAUCCUCAACCACAGUUACAACUGACAGGAUCGCCGAGGGUUGUUACUAUGGCGAUCUUACCCUUUUUUUUCCUAGGCAAUUUGCUAAUCAGAAAUCAGUGUAUUUUACGUCUUUUGGCUCCUUUUAAUAGAGGUUAGCAGACGACAUUUUAUGGCACAUUUGGCAAACAUCUACGAGUUCCUCUAAAAGUUGCUCGCCUUUUCCGCAAAUUUUCAAUUGGCCUAAAGAGAGUGUUUUAAAGUUGAAACCACUUUUUAGUUACGCUUCAGUCCGGCGUAUGUCUUUAAACGCUAGCUAGAAGAUUAAAAUCAUUUUCACCUUACUGGCAACACGUCUUCCAAAUCGACAUUGACUUGUUACGUAUUUCAUGCGCUGGAUUUUAUAUCUACUUCAUCCUUUAAAUUUGCCUGGAAGGAAGAACUUUGUUUGACGUGGAUGAAGUCCUAUGCGUUUUUUCCAGCAACACGUAAACUACAGCAGCCGCUAUCGCGGAGAGCACAUUUGUGUUGACUACGUCCCCGGAUGUCUGGGUCGGUUCCUAAUUUCGGAUGGAUCAAUCCACUUGUUUAUCUAGUUAACAAGAACUGGUUCUGAAACAAUUAAUGUGAUUUAGUGUUGCAUUGCUCCGUCGUCUAAGGAAUGGUGAUGGGAAUAGCCGUAGAAACAGCAAGAUCUAAUGCAAAUUAAACACUUCAUGGGUUAGUGGUGUUCAGAGUAACAAGGAGGCAACAGAGAAAGUGGAAAACGCAGUCAGAGAAGACAAACGGAUAAACGGCAAAGUAAAACAGCAACACGCUUAAUCUGGGGUAAAAUGAGAUACUCUAGAAAUGGCUUUACGGUUUUGGUUUGACGUUAAUUCGUUCAAAUCUGUAGUUACUCAUUUCAUGAGCUCACAAAUGAUUGCAGUUUUCGGAUCAUGUCUGGCCCCGACAUUGAAAUUCUCCGGUCUGUCUUCGUUCUGGAACGAUCGCAAAUGCGCGCCAAAAUCCGUUUUUUUGCUCUUUAGCAACGGUUUGUUUAAUGGGAAAAACUGGAUUUUAAGUUUGCCCAACUUGUAACAAGAGCAAUGCGGUUGCCACCACAGACCAUGCAACCCUUUGUAAAAUUUGCAAAUACGCAGUCGAAUAGGAAAGAUUACUUAAUCGGGACUAGAAUAUUUAUUUAUACGCAAAGUUAUUCCUGUCCAAUCCAUACUUGGAGACAUGCUGGUUUAUAGUCGCAAAGCCAGCGCUCUCUGCUAAUCGCACUGGCAUCCAUUUUUUCGCGUCCGUUCUGCAUGCAAUAGCUUUGAGCAUAUUCCAAGGGCAGCUGCCAUGAACAGCUUUCGACAAAACCCUUACAGACUCUUGCAGUUAGUAGGCAAUAGCUCAUUGGAACGGAAAUUAGUGGAAUUGGCGAUAGCGAUUUUGAAAUGUUUUGAAUUAUUUCAUAGGAGGGGGAGUGUGUCGAUUUCUAAAACAAUCUUUCAUCCUGACGGAGUUUCGGUAAAUGCAAAAUUUGGUGGUUGAAGCAAAGUCACGGUAAUUUUAGACUCCCACAUAACACUUUUUUAUGCACAAAGGUUGACUACAGAUUUAUGUUUCCAUUCUCUCUGCUGCAGGUAAAGGAGCAUUUGCGUUCUGGGGAAAUCCCUUGAAAACCUCUGUUUGUGAGACUGCUUGAGAAUUAUCCAACAGAGGUAGUUAUGCAGUUGCAAUUAGGACAGGUUGAACGCUGACACCAAGGAAAGUGGAUGAGGAGUGCACUUUCAGGGCACUAUGAAUUCCAUCAUUACGCAUCACCCAUUACGCAGCGAAAUCUUGCUCAUUUCGCACAAAAAUACAUUUUAUUUGCAGGUAACCUUUAGGGAAAUUGAUGCAUAGGUAUAAAUAUUUGGAAACCGCGUAAAUGAAUUAUUUAGGGUGUGAUAUUCACAGGCUCAUUGGCGUUUCCCAAAAAAGUAUGCGAAAUGCCCUAAAUCCACUAAAACAAGUGCAUAUUCCCUGCGUAAAGUGUGGGUCCAAAAUUCUGAAACCAGGCUGGAAUGAAGGGUUUAAGCAGAUGUGUUAAUUGCUUGAUUUUUUAAUUUUUAAAUAUGCCAGCGCAGCAUCUUAGGCAGGCGUUUCUACGCACGAAAAGGCACAGGAAAGGGAAGACAUAACUUAAUUUAAACAAGCAUUAAAAAUCGGAAAAAUGUACUAAAGUAAGCCGUGGUAUUUUUUAUAGCGUGACAAUACGAUUGGGCAUAUCGACUAUUAGCUCCAAAUCAACCAACACUUCAAAAUCAUCUAGUUAUCUUUUGUACGAAAGCCCACCUAACACGUUCGGUACGCGCAGUCAUGAUUUGUGCGAAAAUUCUCAGUAAAGUAGUAAACAAGUUUGACUGACGGAAUGAUAGUCACCAAACAAGAGUGAAUGCGCUAGUCGCCAAAUCAGAAAAAUCCAUCCAUGCUUCCCUUCAUCACCGGUUGUCGCCCGCCUCGCCAAACGAACACUCCACCACGAAUGCCAUCAAAACAGUCCCUUGUUAUCCAUGAAUCGAUUUUUACAGGAGCGUUAUUUUACAUAGGUUCUUCCCACAAAUCACGCGCACUGAGCACCGCAAGUAGCAGAAUGUUGACAAAAAUCCCCAGAUCGACUUUCAUUUAGGAAAGACUGCCUAUAUCUACUUCACCAUGAAUUAAUACACAAAUUUUGAACAGUGUCAACUAGAAUGCAUACUGGUUUUCUGUUAAAAUUUUUUCACUCGAAAGGCACUACAUAUGCUGAGCGGAAAACUCGUGAAAAUCGACCAAAAACUCCAAGAUACUCCGCAGGAAAUUAGUAGCCGGCUUCCUACUGCACCGAAAGACCGUGUGCGUUUUCGUACAGAAAUUACUACUUAAAAGGGUUUCCAAAAAAAUCGGAAAGUGGUCCAGACAAGCAUUCUGAUGUUCAAUUGGGCGUCUUCCUAGCAAACUAACUGCCCCAGUAGGACACCGUUUUCACUAAAUUCCUUUAUUCCACUAAUUUCUUUCUAACUCUCAGGAAAAAACGAAUUUAAAUGUUGAAAUUGAAAAGAAGACGAUGUCUGAUUUACCAAAUUCACUAGACCUAUUAGGCUUCAAAUUUGACAAUUUUUUUAGUAAUUAAUCUUUUGCAGAACUUGCCUGGAAGGAAUUCAGUCUGCGCUUAAUUCCAGAAGGCCUCAUUACCGUGGUCUAACGUUGACCCUAAGCCUAAUCCCAGUUUUUAAUCCAACACUCCUAAUUUGAAUCCCGACUUUAAAAGCCUCUGGAAUUGGGCGCAAGUCCACUUGUAAUACUAACGGCCAAUAUUCCCAUGCACCAUCUAAAUUCAUUUAUCUGAUCACAGCUUCAUCACAACGCUUUCUAUCUUUUGCAAAAUAUUGCCAUGGGCUUGGGUUAGUCAGCACACUUUGGAAGCAACCUCAGCAAACAGUGGCAAUUUGACCACAGAGAAACCUAGUCUGUUAUCUGAUAAAGUGUCUCAACCACAGCCUAAGUGUAGAACGGAAGCACGCUAUUCCUUAAAAUUUUAAAACGGAGCUAAGGCGUCGCUGGUUACUAGUGAACAUGAGACAAGUUCUAGCUUCACUAUUUCAGGAGCCAUAAAUUUGAGGCGCAGAAACGUCGGAAAAAGUAUAUGCAUUGAUUUAACGUCGAUUUUUCCGAGUUUGGAAAUAGGCUCUACCAGAAUGCUGGCUUUAACUGUGGAGGAAACUACUUGUUAGUCAAUCCUGUACAAGUUUCUCGUGCUAUAAGUCUCUUUCUCAAGGGCACCACUGAGAUUUGGUCUGUUCCUCAUCAUUUUCCGCUUACAUUUUGCAUAGCAUGUAUUUUUCAAGUUAGUUUUCCUUCUUCUUGGGGGCUUACUCACAAUUUCCAGGAAGAGUAUACAAUCUAUUUCUCUCUAGGUCUCCUCUAAAAGGAUUCUUUUUUUGUAAAGAAGCGAUGAAACAUUUUUUGUAUGCAAGCGAUCUUUUAAUCAGCGGAUAUCCGAAAACAUUCCAUCAAUUUUGCAUUUUCGGAGCAUUUUUGCCUUUUUGCAAAAAUGUCAGACGGACCUGUAUGUGUUUUCACUUAAGGCUAACUACUGCUCCUCUUAAUGCAACCACUAGCAAACUGCGUGGUUUUUAUAAACCACUUCGGUUUAUUCAUGUACGGUUGUGUACAUUUUAAGCCACAGGGAUAUAUUCACAGACAAUGGGCUCACUUGAGAUUGGCGCGUACCAGUCUAUCCUUACUGACUGAAGGCUGUGAGAAAUUCCGAAUUAUCUUGAAGCUGAGAGUCUGCAGUCCGCACAGGCGAUUGCAUGUCAGUGACCACUCGUCAAUUAGGAACAGUUGACUUCAAAUCUGAUGAAACCAACAUCAUAGUGUUUCUGAUGGUCAUCGGAAAAUCAGAAGCUCGUCCUUUUUCCUUCCUUCCAAUGUUAUCACCCUAAAAGACAUAUGCCUCACGGCAGGCUAGCAAUGAGUGGUCGUAAAGCCGCAUCUAAGGGUCUUCCCGAGUCCAUGGAUAGAAGUUGGAGCGGACCUGACUGCCCUGCCUAUAAAAAGAAAAUUUGAAGCUUGGUUCGGCUCUUUUAGCUUCUGAUGCCGGGUAGUCAUCUGGGAGUUUCUAGGUUAGCAUUUUCGACAAAAAAGAAAGACUCACUUGUUAGCCGUCAUCAUUUAGAUUGAUAAAUUACGAAAUCCUGCUUGGGCAGUCGGCUUACUGUAUCAAAUUUCGAUGGAUUAUAAACGCCGCAGUAAGUUGGGCGUAAAAUGUUACUCAUAUUUGGUAAAACCUAUGGUUUCCGUUGGGGUCGAGUAGAUUAGGUGGCUAGAGCGUCCGCUAAACUCAAGUAUUCUCUUUGCCGCCAUGCUUUCGCAUCCCACCAAGGUUGUCAUAUUUUUCACAGAUGGAUCAGGCCAAAUUAUAAAUGCGUGUUUGAUACGAUUAAAUGUGCAAAUGCCUGUCUGAUGUCGUAUACGGUUUGCUUUAAUUGAUCUUUUUAGAUCAUCUGUGUCCUUCUUCCCGCCGCGAUUAUUACAUCUUACCCAAGUGUCCAUAAGAAGCCCCAUUAUUUUACAUUGUUAUAAUUACACAUACUUUUUGCUACAUCUAAUCAGGCAUAGUUUAAGAGUUAUGCAAACAUGGAAACGAACAAGGACGUGCAUAUGAAUAUUGGAGGGUCCCAAAUCAGUCUACGUAGUUGAAAUAUGCCUCUCACACGGUGCCUUGCGGCAUUAAUUAGGAAAUCUUAGAAUAUUGGCAUAACGAUUAGCAAUGAUGCAAAUGGAGUACGUUCGAAGAGAAUGGAGGCUAGGAUGGCCAAUGCUGGCUUAUUAGUCAUCAUCAGCAGCUUGAAUUCGAUUCCGAAAUUUUUGGUUAUUGUUUCAGACGCCCUUCCCUCGAGCUAGGGGGUCACGAUCUUAUCGGUUGCGAUAAUGACUAUUCACUUUCGAGAUGGAGGCGCAUCCAGAUAUGGUUGCGAUAGAUGCUCACUUCGUUGCAACCUGAGGACCAAUCUGAAGUGCCCACAGGCAGUCACACAAAGACCAGUACGCAUGCAGAUGGAGGUAUAGACAAAAAUACAUGAGAACGGAAUGAUUUUUUCCCGGCCUAUUUUCUGUUUUUUUACCUGCAGAACCAAACCCCCAACUAAGAUAAGCCAAUGAUUAAACUAAGACUCGUUAGUUUUACCUAGGAUUGGACGUCCCAGGCUUCCUUUUUCUCACCAAUAUUUAUUCUGCAUACCAUUAACCAAAGGAACGACAAAAUUUUCGAAUGUGCUUAACAGAGUUAACCGGAAAAAUCCAAAAACGGAAAUAAUAUUAAGCAGGAAAAACUACAAUGUAGACCUCCUGUCCGUCAGUAAUGCCUACCUAUGUAAAUAACCAUUUUAUUCCCCAUACACGUUUACAUACGUUUGUCACUAGGUCUUUUCUUUUAACGACCAUCGUGUGUGGUUUAUGGGCAGUCUACUCAUGUACUGUACUCGAACGAAUUUGUCACCCGAGUUUCCUACCUGGCAUCCUGUGUUGUGGAUAGAUCGUGUAUGGCAAGCGCCGACGGACUGUCGGAUUCUGUAAGCCACUGAGCCUAGUCCUCCGAUCAAAGGAUUAAUUUGCUCUGACGAGGGACUGCAGAAGGAAGAUAGGGAGAGGUCGACUCUAGGGAGUUUCGUCGCUACGGCAUUCAGUGCUUAUUCCUCACUAUAAAUAAUCUGAAGCACUUUUGAAUAAUCAGGCUGUGCUAAGAGUACAGACCUCAAAUCCUGCGAGGUGAUGGGGCAGCUUGGUCCUCUUAGGAUAAAGAAACAGGCUCCUCAGUUUCGUAAGAACAGUCGGUGAGCGCCCGCUACCAUUGUAUAUUACCGAUCGAAAAUCGAUAGGGCAAUGGGCUCGUGGCCCAGUGGUUAGAGGCGUUGAUUUCUAACUAAGAGGUAGCGAUUUCGAGCUUCGGGUUUUCCAAACUUCGGGAUUGAUUGUGACUAGCUGACGACGGCCAACAAGCCAGAAAUGGCCAUUCCAGUCUCCCUUGUCUUUAUCGGUAAUGCCAUUCUGCCUAUAUCAUGCGCCGCUGUGCGGCUGCUGGUUGGGCUCGAGAGGGAGAGUCCAUAAGGCACAAUGGAACGAUUGAGUUCCGUAAGGACGAUCGGUGAGCGCCCCUACCACAAUAGCUCCUUCUUAAUGUGGCCUUCAUGACACUCAGCUGGGAUGCGAGUCGGCUCCUUAUUGUCUUGGUGAAAGCCUAGUCCUCUGUGUACAGAGCAGGAGUGUGCGACGCGCGCGGAGGGGCCGGUAAGUUUGUCCCCAGAUCCCACCUCCGGUCUUCUUGACUUUGUCCUGACCUCAGGCUCAUGAUGGUGAGAGAGCAGCGGCGCGGUAGAUGCAACGAAAGUCUCAUACUCCCAUAAAUUGAUUUACGCGCGGCUGAACGUCCCUGUACCAACCCUGAUGUGCGUCACACGGUGGAUAUCGUCGAUAACGACGGUUAAACUGACGCAUUUACUGGGAUGUUGACAGCCGCUAGUUCUAUUUAUUUCGGCAUGCGUGUACAAAAACUGGACAACAGAUGAUUUUAAAUUCAUUUAAGUUUUCGAAUCAACCGAAAGGGGUUCUCAAACCCACGACACUGGCGAGGUCCCCGGUAAGAGCAUAAUCCAGACUUCUAUGGGAGGAGAAGCCUAUUCUGUACCGAGAGGACAAGCAGUGGUAUAAAAGACCGCAGUACUGAGUGUAUGUGUGUCCCCCAAACGGGCCACGUGUUAGAUGUGCUGGACCAACAGGGGUGCCACUUCGGUUUCUGGAAGAAAGAAGCGACGUGGGGCGGACAACGAGAUUACAGUUACUGAUCGAUCCCAUUAAAAAUUUAACUAAAGUUCUAAGAUUCGUUUUUGAGGGGGAAGGGUUAUCUAACUUUGGUUGCGCUACUAUUUAUCCUACAGCAUAAUCCAGUGGCAUUCCGGUCCCUCCAGAAUAAUGGCUUCUAAAUUAAUUUCUUUUCGGCCGGUAAAAAUUUAUAACUUGCUUAGCGCGGAUUCCUAUUAUCGAUUUUUCGUAUCCUAAUAAACUCAAAUUUAUUUUAUAUGAAACACAAUCAACAAUAUGCCUUUAUUUACUCACUUGGCCGCAGAUCUCGUCUUCAAAUUUUAAACUCGAAAGCAGUGUAUCUUUUAGUUUUAAGAAACCUUAUAAUCACACAAUUUUUAAGGUUGCUCAUUUUCCAUUCAAAUACCACUCUACCCGCCCUUUUAUUCGUCAGCCGUAUCGGGCAUGCAACAUAUUUUAAAUCCAUUGCAAUAUUUUUUGACUCCUUUAUGUGUUUGGCAGAUUUCGAAUAACUCAUUCUGACCCAGCUCCUGCUUUGCAUCCUCUUGAUGGCAUAGAUGAGUGUAGUUUCUUGCAUGGAUGGUAUAAGGUUUGUAGACUGUAGGUCAUAUGCGCAAACCCAAUAUCAAAUAGGGCUCGAAGUUAUUAUAAAAGUGGAAACCCCCUUUCGAAACCUAAAGAUACUAUCCUUCCAGUAUAAAAUUUCAAAAUAUAUACGAGAAGGAAAAUUUAUAUGUAUGUUUUCUUUAGUAUCAUUUGCGUUUAUAGAGCAUCGAAAAUCAACGGAAAAGUGAAGAAAACAUGGGCAGUCGCUCUAUGAAGUCAUUUUUGCGGGCGGCCGAAAAAGAGUGCGUUCAAAAGCCAACAUCCUGGCGUAUCCGACAGGUCAUGGAUCAUGCCGUAUAAAAGUCAACACUAUAGCGCCACUUAAGUUAUCCCUCCUCAUCGGCAACGCGCUUCCCAAUUUCGGUCACUAUUUCACGAGAUCGGUCACCGACUGAAGUCCUAGAGGGUCUAAGCGUUUUAAGCCUGUGGACGCUGUCACACAUAUAAUAUAACAGGACAGACAGUUACGCACAGGACCCCAUAUGGUCAUUCAAGCACUUUCUUUCCUUAAACCGCACAGAUCUGGCUGUCCAUACGCAAAUUACCGGACAACAAGCACGCUCGAAUAACGAAGUAUGCUGUGAGCGAGUGCUUCUGGAAAUUCCAUUUCAGAACUACGCAGAAUGGAAGAAUGAAGAAAACCAAACGAAAAUUAGGCUGAAAGUGGUGUCCACUCGUAGUGAGAGGUCCACAGUGGGACAGUUGUCCGGGUAAGUAAGAAAGACAGUCAUUCAGGACGGCUUGGUGUGCGUGAGGAUUCAGAACUGUGGCCAAAACUGCAUGUAGAUAAAGGCGAUCUGGUCAUGUCAAGGUGGCACCCCUUAAUCGCAAAGCAGCCUUCUACUGCCUCGCUCAAAACCAGCUGAACGAAGUUCACAGCGUCAGUUAUUUAACGCAGCAGCUAGCAUUUCCAGCUCAGAUCACGCGCAACAGGUUUCAACGGGUCAGAGUAGGGUUGCGGCAGAGGUCACACGCGUCAUGCACACUGCGAAAACUGCAACACUGACGGAAGAUGUGUAUCUGCCUGACCGACAGGCCACCCCCCCACCCUCCACCUCGCAAGGGUCAUUAAUGGUCCACGUGCUUGUGUGCGCGCGUGCAAAGUGCGGUUUCGUAACAGAUCACAAAAACGCACACACACCGCACGGAGAGCAUGUGACUGCAUGUUUGCUCAAAGUGCUUACUUUUCUUCCAACCUCCAUCGUCCUCCUGAACAUACACAUAUGUGAGAGGUCAACGCAAAUGCAACCACUUUGGGGUUUGAGUGAUGCAUGCAAUAUAGGGCCGAGUGUUUACGGUAGUUGGGAUUGUUCUACUACUAUAUUUUUGCUGGAAAGCUCUGUUGUACACCAGGAAAAGAAAAGAUAAGAGCGAGCAAAUUUGCGCAGCGAUUAGUUCGAACUUCUUCGUAUCCACCUCAGCCAAUCAACCCAAAUGUGAUUGAACUCGAGUCGUCCGGCGGGGUCUCGUAGCUCAAAUGGUUAGAGCGUUGGCUAACUAAUGCCUUCUCCUUACUGCUUGGGUUCGAAUCCCACCGAGGCGCUGAGUUUUUCACAGUUGGGUCAAUAUGAAUUAGUCAAAAUCUGCCAAAAUAUCAAUGAAUUACGUGAGCCUGGUAGUCAUCUGGUGGAUUAUGGGUGAAUUACUUGGGAAAGCCUGCUUGGGCAGUCAAUUUACUGCAUCAGAUUUGAUGGAUUCCAGACGUUUCAGUAGGUUGGGGGGGUAAACUUGACCCAAAUGUGAUUAAACUCGAGUCGUCCGGCGGGGCCUCGUAGCUCAAGUGCUUAGAGCACUGGCUGUACUAAAGCCUUCUUCUUACUGCGUGGGUUCGAAUCCCACCGGUGCGCCGAGUUUAUCACAGUUGGGUCAAUAGGGAUUAUUCAAAAUCUGCCAAAAAACCUAUGAACAUCUCGUUAAUUUCGGUUGUUGACCAGUCGCUAAACCGUUAGCCUCACUGAGUAGUCAAGGUCAGUCCCGAUAGUGCUCUAUUUACAGAAAGACGGAGUCUUUUUCUCAUAACCCUUUUUGGACUCAUUACUAACAUGCUGACCUUCUGCAUAAGUGUCAAACAGUGUGCGCAUUUAAGAAGACCCAAGCAGAAUGGUGAGUGUAAUUUUCCCCAAGAGCACUGUUGCCUAAUUAAGAGUAAUUGUAGUGGAAACUAGGAGCUUAUUGGGGAAACUGGGGCUUUUCAUGUCCCAACUGCAAUCACCUGAAAAAGGUUGAGAACAAAUUAGGCCGUGGAUUUUUUAGCAAUUAAGAGAUAUCAUAUCAUCGGCAGCCCGGUGAAACGUUCUCCGCACAUUUUUGUCCCAGUAAAACACGGCAAAUUAUGACCAGUGUUUACCGCCUGUAACAUUCAUUGUCUUGACAACCGGCGACAUACUUGAGGUCCCUUACAUUUCCAUGGUUACCACCAGAGAACUCCUGCAAGUCGACAUACAAUGUGGCAAUUAACCAACGCUAUGCUUAGCACAAGACUUUCCCAUCUCAUGAGUCAUCCCGAUGACUGCGCUCUCAGGGCCUUUGAGUACGGACGUCUGCUUCCAGGUCUAUGCCCCUCUAAAUGACCACCUCCCCCCCCCCAAGCGGAAGGCAUAGUAACCCCAAGAGCUCUGAGAAUUAGAGCCUCGAUUGCCAGCAUGGUGGCAACAGGAGACAUUGUAGCCGUCCAUUAUCCUUGGGGUCUGGUGUGAAGAUAGGCGACGUGUCAUGUGGAGAGCUCUUCAGACAGCCAUCUACUCAGCUGCAAAGGAAGUGACUAGGGAUAAGGCCUCCAACAGAUUUUGUCUCGUUAUAUGGGAAAAUUGCAGAAUAGUCCGCUUAUGGACUACUCGGUACAUUGAAAAACGUGUUAAUUAGUAGGGAAUAGGGACGGCCAGAACCCUUUCAGCACCCUUCCCUUUUGGGCCAACACAUCGUGAACGUCAGCAGAGAUUGAGUAUAAAUGGUGACGUGACCCAAGGUCUGUUUUCUUAAUGAUAGUGACUUUGACAGAUUUAAACGAAUGCUGGGGCCUUAUGAGACUUCUACCAUUUACAGUCAUGGCAAAACUACUUGGCCACCGCAUCAACGUUGUACGGAGAAUCUAAACAAGGUCGGGAAACCUCGUCGAUUUAUAAAAGGUUCAGGAAAUAGAAGAAACAUGGACAAUCCAGCGUCCACUGUUACCACUUCUACGGUACAUUUGUCGAUGGUUGACUCAAUAACCACGACAUGUUUAUCACGUCUCUGAGAUAUAAGUAGUGGCUUUGGAGUGAAUUGGGAGACGGCGGAUAAUCCCCGCAGUUGCUCGUUCACUUCCUAUCCAUUUAUUUCUCAUUUUCCAUGCACUCCAGCUCAUCAAAAGGUAGGGAUGAACGCAGUGGCUGACAGCCCGUGUAUAUCUGUCACAGACGACCUGACUUCUAAAAAGAUUUAUCGGAUCUCAUAUGUAGGACGACGAAAAGAGGUCACACUUAAAAGAGUCAUCGCAGCCUGACUCUCAGUCUUAAGAACGACCGGGGUAUCGCGUCAAUUGACAGCCUCCAAGCCACGCCUCCUAGCACGGCAAGAUAUUUUUAAGCGCCUCAGAUUAACCGAAGUGAGAGCUGUGCUGAUGAACCGUGAGAAUGACUUUCCCGGUCUCGGUCUCGCCAUCUCUUUCCUUUCGCAUGCGCCCGGAAACCGUCCUAAGUUGGCGCAUUGGAUGAAAUGGCAUGAAUGCCUAAGUCUAAGGUGUGCGGCCCAGCACACGCACAUCCGUAAUUAUGGUCUCCCCCCCCCCCGGCGGCUUGUGCCGCUCACCCAAAGUACACGUGCCGAGGGCCAGUCUGAUUGCUCCAACACAUUCGCAGGAUAGCCCGUUGCAGAGUCUAAUAUACAAAACUGGGUUGGAUAGUCACGGCGGCUACCCUCGCCUUGUUUCGUUAGUAAAUUGCAGAAGUUAUUUCAUUAUGGGCUGAUGCGUCUGGCAUAACUUUGUGGAAGUGCAGAGGCAAUAUGCAAGGCGUGGCAGUCGAAACGCGAUGAUUACAUUGGUCAAACAAAGAGUAAAAUCCGUUAACUCCUCUCGGAUGCCCAAAAAAAUCGGUUGAGUAGUUAUUUGCCCUUACAACCAAGCUCUGAGGAAGCAAUUAGGGGAGUUUUCGUUGGAUGCGACAGAAACACUGCCAAAAGGCAGCUCCUUUUAACCUUUUUCGCCUGCCUUUUCCCACCUGGGAUGCUCAUUAGCACACAGCCUGCACACAUUUGUGCGAUUAUUUGUGUUGCACGCCCAGUACCUCAUACUCGGCCACUCGAUCAUGCCACACGUGCAUGGAAUCGCCUCCGCCCGUAAGCCACCGUCUGCACUUUCGAGAGUACAUGAACUUAUUUGUGCACUGCGCAAACCUGCGCGACUUUUGUCUGUUAUAACAUUCAUCUUCCCAGCGUUUGAUUGGUCAGGUCUAGUUUAUUGUGUUAGACGACCACCGAGCCAGAGAACAGUUCGAUCGUCCUUGCCGUUGCAGCAGGCACGGUGACUUGCGCGUGGAUUAGUUUAUAGUGCUCGUUGACUUUCGCAGCAUAUAUCGCACUCUCGCCUCCCCUCGCCUGAGUCCGGUGUCAAGCAAGAAGCUCGGAGGUGGAAGGGGGCACAAGUGGAUGGCGCGAUCGAACCCGCACCUUGGCGUUCCACUCCACACCCCUUGGUCCAGAGAACAAAUGACCGGGAUUCUAACCAAAAUCAGUGCCAAGAAGGGUUAGAAAGGCGAUGAUGAUGGAGCGGCCCUCCGCUUGACCUGUAUAGCCAUCUAGAGCGCAAUAGCAGCUACCGGCAAAGGACCAUCUGACAGAGAUGUACUAAUGCAUACCAGGCUGAGAGCGACAUGGUUUGAUGAAUUAUGGUAAAGCUUAACGAUCAUACACCAAAAUGUGGCAGACUGAACAAUUGUAGCGUUAGUCACUGACUCCGAGAAUGAGUCGCAUCCAGCUUCUGAAAUGCGCCUCAGCUCCUGAGGGUCGAUCAAAUAGAAGGUCAUCUUAGUAGUGCUUAUAGUGCGCUUUUGUGUUUGCGAGAAAAAAUUCUUUGGUAGAUUUAAGCUGCCAUUAGCAGAAACUUUGGAAUUGCGAAUUAGGUUGUGGCGGAGAACUUGCGGCGGCAGAAGUCAGUAAAGGAGUUUCUGGAUUGGAACGGCAAAGAAGUUGAAGGUGUCGUAGUGAAUGCAGGUAAGCUUCGUACAGUCUGGAUGAUCAAAGAGACACUACAGUAGAUGCGCUGCUCCAUAAAAAAUUGUUUAAAUUCGUUUUUAAUAUUACCUAUUGUAAGGCAUAUUUCUGAAUUGUAUUCCUCCCUGUCGUCUGUAAAAACACUGGGCACCUUAAAAAUGACUACUUAAAUAUUUUGACUUUUUCACUUAUUUUCGGAGCUCAUAUACAUAAAUGUAAAGAGAUUUCAUAGAAAACAUGUAAAAAACAUUCGUUUAUUUGCUCGGUUAGUAGUAAGAUACGUCUUCUUCAAAUUGAAAACUUUAAGGAGGAGUGUCUUACGUUUUUUAGAAAGUUUUAAAAUUUCCGAGCAACCUUUGAUCUGACCCACCGUUAUACUCUCAUUCAGGGUUUCCGAACUACAAGUUGCAUAUUCUCCGUGAAAGUUAAACUACGCUUUCUAAACAACAGUAAGAAAACACCCCUUGUUGUUCAUAAAAUUUUGCGAUAGAUGUAAAGGACCCUGCAUAGUUUUUCACCAACAUUAGCAAACUGAGAGACACGCUGUCCUAUGAAUAUGUAUUUUAAGAGCAAAAAAUUCCCAUAAUUAGGAACUUUUAAAAAGCAAAAUUUACUGUGCCUUUAAACAAUAAUUAAGAGCGACGUAAUUUGUCACUAAACAAACAAAUAAACGAAUAUUUUUGCAUCCGUCUUCUAUGAAAUAUAAGUAAAUUUAUGACAGCAUCGAAGGUCAGUAAUAUCGUAUUAGUCAUUUCUUACAAGGGGGAGAUUUUUUUAGGCGGCCAAAAGGAAUCACGUUCAAAAGCCAGUAUUCCGACGUAGCCGAAAUGUCUUAGCAUUAUGCUACACGGCGAUUAGUAUUGCAACCGCAUUUUAGUAAUCUUUCCUACUCGAAAACUCAUUUAAAAUUUCAGCGCAUUCACUGUAACUUAAGCAACAACUGUAAAUGUGUUUCCACUGUCUCGCCUAACAUUGACCUACACUUUUCAACCGAGAAACUCAGUGCCCAUAGUUCAACUAUUAUUGACUGUCUUUCUUACUCUUUUCGCCGUGACAGGCUGUCAUGCACACGAAAAGGUCCGGGAAUUAUCUUACUCCGGAGCCCAGAUAUUUGCCAUUUGUUUCUCUGUUGCUGAUCCGGAUAGCCAAAGCGCUGUGACGGAGAAGUGGAUUCGUGAAAUUCAGCAAUGCGGUAACAAAGUCCCCUUUCUGUUGGUCGGUCUUCAAAGCGACCUCAGAGCUGACGUCGAAACAUACAGACGCCUUCAGAGCACCGGGCGCGACUUUCCUACCAUUACAGAGGUAUUUAACGCCCUGCAUUACUAGCUACAGGCUAGCAGUUUUAAAACCAUGUAAAAUAGUCUACCUGCAGAAAGUUAGUAGAUCAAUUGUUUUUACAUUUUUAUACAGACUUCAUUGAUGGCCCGCCGCAUUGGUGCAGUCGACUAUGUUGAGUGCUCCGCAAUCACUGACAUCGGUACUGAUCGGCUCCUCCAGACCCUUGUCUCGGCAGUUUCCAAGCCCUCAUUUGUGAGGUCUUUGUCUCCUCGAAGCUCGUGCCCUCUACCCCCGCCAUCCUUCUUUGACAGAGACACCCUGAAGAAAAUAUCCGCUCCGCAAAACCUGCCCUUGACUGAGAUGGCAACCAAGAAAGAGGUCCUGCCACCCUGA